GCCUCGCCUUGCCUCUCCGCACUACUAGCUAACUAGCUAGCUCGCUCGUCAUUGCCCAACCUCGCCUUUACGCACGCAGCCGGAUCUAUAGCACAUCACAUGCACCAUGAAGCUCGCUGCUCUCUUCUUCGCCGUGGCGGCGGCCAGUGCUCCCGCUCCGGCGGCGGCGAGUCCUAUCGAGCGCCGCGAGCUGGGCGGUGUAAGUCACCGAUUCAGAGUUUUUCUCGAAGACCCGGGGAGGGGGGGGGGACAAAGCUAACCUGCAGUGACAAGGUGCUCAUCUGCAACGGCGCCAACGCAAAGGGCUACUGCCAGUACAGCGUCUACAAGCUCGACACGUGUUACAACCUACCGCAGCAGCUCAAGCGCAACGCGGCGACGUUUGUUCCCGACGCGGACAAGUUUUACUGCUACCCGUACCUGUAAGAGCCAACCUGAGAUAGAUGCCCCCCCCCCCGGGC